AUGGAUGUAACUCAUCCUGGAAUAUCGAGCAACAAGAAACAAGCAGUUGAAGCUGCCACCACCAGGCCAGAUUUUUUGCAGUGGAGUGUUUAUCCAUUGGACAAUGCCUCUCACUAUCAUUCAAGUCCAGGCCAAGUUCAAGGUGGACUUGUGUCGGGGCCUUCGCAAUUCGUGUACAUGGUAGAUGUGCCACUAGGUACUGGUGUUAAGAGCAUGGGAAGGAAGGAUUUCCAUGACGCAUGUCAAGGUGAUGCCUCACUUAAUUCUCACAAUCUUGGCGAAAUGCUAAAGGCAAAAAUCAAUCAUGUUUGUGAUUCUGAGAAUGUCAUGUUUGCACCGAUAAGCAACUUUUUGAGAAAGGUCGAUGACGGAAGAUUGUUGAGGAGCACUAGCUGUAACAAGUACUAUGGCACCUUCUUAUCUUUGGGAAGUCCGUGUCAGAUUAAGGAUGGGAAUAACACACCAUUGGAUGUGAUUCGCAAUGAAGGAUUGGACCUGAGUCUCACCUUAGGUAAAAACUACGAGGAGAAGAGAGAUAUAAUUGUUUCAGGCAGAACUGAUGAAGGACCUAUGGAACAUGCAUCCAGCAUGGCCGUUGCAGAUAACAAGGCCAUUUUAGACUAUCCAAACUAUGCUUACUUGUCAAGAGCAACUAGCCAGAUGAACACCAUCGAGCCGAAUGCUCAUCAGAAUAACAUACCGGUGCAUGUGAUUUGCAAUGGUGGAUACAAUGCGCAUCAAACCUUACGUCGCAACAAUAAGGAAAAAGGAAAUGUUGUUGCUUUUGGAGGAGUUAAGGUCACUACCGUUGAUAAGGCGAUGCUAAAAAAUCAGAGUUCUGCUCAAUCGUCAUGGGCAACUAGUUGGGUAGGCACAGUUGAACCAAAUGCUCAUCCUUCUACAGAGAGCAAUUCAAAUCCAGGAGGUAAGGCAAAAGACCAGAAAGCUUGCAGAGAAAAGAAACAAACGACAGCUAGUGAGCCUCGCCCGAAUUUAUACCUGUUAUCCGUUCAUAGUCUAUUAUCAACCGGAAUAUUUGACGGGGCUCUUGUGAAGUACAUUUGCGAGAGUCGUGAUUUAAUUCUUCAUGGUGUUAUAAAAGGGUCAAAGAUUCUUUGUAGCUGCAACGAAUGCAACAACAAUAAAUACAUUGGUCCCUGCAAAUUUGAACGCCAUGCUGGAGGGAAGACCAAGAGACCAAAUAGUCACAUCUACUUCGAGAAUGGCAAGACCAUCUAUGAAGUUUUUCAUGAGCUGAGGAACACUUCGGAGGACAAACUUUCUGAUGCGAUUCAGAAAAUCGCAGGUUCCGCCGUUAAUCAGCUAAACUUACACAAUUGGAAAUGUCAUUCUAAUCUUGGACCCCUCCCUAGUGGCCUCUACCCGAAGUAA